AUGUUCGUAAUCCGCCAGAGUGCGUUUGGGACGCUUCAUAGAGCACUCAGGCGUUCCCCAAGGCUCUCUAGGCUUCUGGCAACUGGCGCGAAAGAGCCCAGCUUGUUUGACUCGCUUGAUACGUUCGCUCGCCGUCACAUAGGGCCUGACAAGUAUGAAGUGGAUAAGAUGCUUGAUGUGCUCGGCUACACGUGUAUGGAGGGCUUUGUCAAUGACGCCGUGCCCUCACAUAUUCGUGCAAACCCUGCCAAUGUGAGCGAUAGGUCAAUCCCACCAUUGAGCGAAUUAGAGUUACUCCACCGAGCGGGAGAGCUGGCGGCACAGAACAAGGUGUUUAAGAGCUACAUCGGCAUGGGCUAUCAUGCUGCUGUCGUGCCCCCAGUCAUUCUGCGAAAUAUUUUGGAGAAUCCAGCAUGGUAUACCCAAUAUACCCCAUACCAACCAGAAAUUUCCCAAGGACGAUUAGAGUCUUUGGUUAAUUUCCAAACAAUGGUGACAUCCUUAACCGGUCUUGACAUAUCGAAUUCUUCCUUACUUGAUGAGGGAACUGCGGCCGCUGAAGCUAUGGUCAUGGCAUAUAUAUCCUCAGGCCAGAAGAAGACAUUUUUCAUCGACAGUCAUGUUCUACCGCAAACAAUCUCCGUUCUUCGCACUAGAGCGAAGGGCUUCGGCAUAGAACUUAUUCAGGGUGACGCGACAACUGAAUUAUUGAAGGACGAAGUAGCAUCCACUGUCUCUGGGGCUCUAGUUCAGUACCCAGAUGUUGAUGGACGAAUCCGGCAUUUUGCACCUAUCGCUGAACGGCUUCAUAAGCACAAUGCCCUGCUUGCAGUUGCUACUGAUUUACUCGCUCUCACGCUGCUCAAGCCACCAGGAGAGUGGGGUGCCGAUAUUGCUUUGGGUAACUCUGCCCGCUUUGGCGUCCCCCCUGGAUAUGGAGGACCGCAUGCAGCCUUUUUUUCUGUCACGGAUAGGUUGAAGCGAAAGAUGCCCGGCCGUCUCGUUGGAUUAAGUAAAGAUGCCACUGGGAAACCUGCUUAUCGGCUCGCGUUACAGACUCGCGAACAGCAUAUCCGCCGAGAGAAGGCGACGUCGAAUAUUUGCACUAGCCAGGCCCUCCUUGCCAACAUGGCAGCCAUGUAUGCUGUUUAUCACGGUGCCGAAGGUUUGAAGGCGAUUGCGUCCCAAGUUCAUUUCUUCACCCAGGUACUCGCUUGCCAACUUGAGGCCCUGGGCUAUUGUAUCACAAAUCAUGGCGAAUUCUUCGACACCUUGACUAUCGAAACUGAUGAUGCUGCUCGUCUUCACCAAGUGGCGGGUGAUCACCUUAUAAAUCUUCGUCGCAUUGACGGGAGACACGUCGGUGUCACCAUUGAUGAGAGUGUGACUCCUGAUGAUCUUGUUUCCCUCAUCAACGCAUUCGCUCUGAACGUUUCCAAGCCCCAAGUUACUCUUCCAUACAUUCUUAGUACUCACGCCACGUCCUUCGCUGAAUUUUCACCUUCCUUCCCCUCAUCACUUGCUCGUACUUCGGAGUUCCUUGAACAUCAGCUUUUCAACACGCAUCAUUCUGAGACGGAAAUGCUUCGGUACAUCCAUCAUCUUCAGUCAAAGGAUCUUUCUCUUGUGCAUGGCAUGAUUCCUCUUGGCAGCUGCACCAUGAAACUCAAUGCCACCGCCACUAUGAUCCCUGUCACCUAUCCAGGAUUCAGCAAACUACAUCCUUUCGCGCCCAUCGAACAAGCGAAGGGCUAUCAUACUCUCAUCAAAGAACUAGAGAGCGAUCUUUGCAAGAUCACUGGAUUCCAUUCUUGCUCAUUGCAGCCUAACAGUGGAGCCGCCGGUGAAUACGCUGGAUUAUCGGUCAUUCGUGCAUACCAUGCAUCCCGUGGCGAAUCACACCGGGACGUCUGCCUUAUCCCCGUCAGCGCUCAUGGAACCAAUCCGGCAUCCGCAGUUAUGGCCGGUUUGAAGGUCGUCCCUAUCAAGAGUCUUCCUGACGGAGGUCUUGAUCAUGCGGAUUUGAAGUUCAAGGCGGAGAAACACAAGGAUAACUUGGCAGCAUUUAUGAUAACGUAUCCGUCAACUUUCGGAGUGUUUGAAGAUGGCGUCAAGAAGGCUUGCGACAUCAUUCAUGCCAACGGCGGGCAGGUUUACCUUGACGGUGCCAAUCUCAACGCCCAAAUUGGCCUCACGGAUCCUGCUGUGUGUGGUGGAGAUGUCUGCCAUUUGAACCUCCAUAAAACCUUUGCGAUUCCUCAUGGUGGCGGUGGUCCCGGGAUGGGGCCAAUCUGCGUUGCUGAACACCUUGCACCGUUCUUACCCAGCCACCCUAUUGUCGAGACAGGGGGUCCUCAAUCCAUAGAUGCUGUCUCCUCCGCACCAUUCGGAUCUGCCUCCAUCCUUGUCAUUUCGUGGGCUUACAUCAAGAUGCUUGGCGGCAAGGGUGUAUCCAACGCAACGCGCCUAGCCUUACUCAAUGCAAACUACAUUGCACAUCGGCUCGGGGACCAUUACACGAUUCGUUACAAGAAUUCUAUGGGACGUGUCGCUCACGAGCUCUUGGUUGACCUAGGGGAAUUUGAAAAAUCAGCGGGACUUAAAGUUCCUGAUUUUGCCAAACGUUUGCAGGAUUAUGGAUUCCACCCCCCAACUUGUUCAUGGCCUAUCACGACGGCAAUGCUCAUUGAGCCGACCGAAUCCGAAACAAAGGAGGAAUUAGAUAGGUUUUGUGAUGCAAUGAUCCAGAUAAGGAGAGAAGUGGAUGAUAUUGCUUCUGGAAAGCAGCCAAGAGAUAAUAAUCUGUUGAAAAAUGCGCCCCAUCCAAUCUCUGUUGUAACGCAAUCAGAAAAGGAUUGGAAUAGACCGUAUGAUCGCGAAACCGCUGUUUACCCUCUGCCUUAUUUGCGAACUCGCAAAUUUUGGCCCUCAGUGGCAAGGAUAGAUGAUGGUAGGUUUUUUCCGCUGCACGUUCGUAAUGCCCUGCAAUUUACCCAUCUCUUUUUGUAG